UCAUGUCUCCCUGCUAUUGGUCUCAGUCGCUGCAUCAUCAAUCUUUAUGCAGUCUGCCUUGUUAUUCCAGUUGAAGGAAUUUGUUAGGAGCAGAGCCUCUGGCUUAUUUUCUCUCUUGUUGGCCUUUUAUUGAACUAUUUUGUGUUCCUACGAUGUAGAAGGAAAAAAGCUAUAAUAGCUUGAGCUAGUUUUAUGUGUGUUUGUCAGAGAUAUUUGAACAAUUUAAUGCAUUACACUGGGCUGCUUUGCAAAACCAUGAAUAUCAAUGCAUUAAAAUGCACUACAUUCACAGACUUAAUCAGUGAAAUUGGGAAAUUUCAGCAGACCUGUGCACUUGAGCACGUACUCCAAUAGAAACACUAGAGGCAGUGACACCGUGUAUGGUUUGACCAGCGCAGCAGGGAAACACUAAUGUGCUAUUUGGCCUGAUAUGUAGUGCAGCAGAGGCUGGAGCCAGGGUUGUGUGUGGGUCAGGGGAUAAUGAAUCAAAAGUCGCCUGCAUGGAGAGUCUGUUAAUAUAAUCACUGUAGAAAAAUCAGAUGCCGCUGUGUAAAUUGGUUUAAUUUGAAUUAAUUUGUUUAUAUUUAGCCUCAACUUACUCCAGCAAUAUUUUCAAAAAUACUCUUUUGACUCUUAUCGGGCUGCUGCGAACUCCAUCUGCGCUAUUGUUUCCAUCCAACUCACUUUGACAACGGCAUACAACAUGCACCUCGUGUGAAACCUGCUAAACAAAACAUGCACAUUUGAGUAAGUAUUGAAACGAGUACUGAAACAGCCCAAACGGACCCGCUGUCCUCUCCCAGCAGCAUAUUUCACAGGCAACAGGUGCUCGUUAGUCAGGAACCACAACUCUCUCGGUUUUGAUAGCAGCCUCGGCUGUAUGGGUGCAGGAUAUGAGCUGAUCGCCUCUCGUCAGUAUCAGCGUGAGAUUGAGUGGCCCUGACAAGCCCAGGCUAUUUCUCUGUCAUUUUUGAUGGUCAUCUGUUCAAUUUGCUUAAGUUUCCAUGACUUCUUUCUGGAGACGGGUGGUACCCAACAGUUCCAUCUUUUCCGUCAUUUCCUCAGGCUUAUGCAGUUCGUCUAGAUAAGACUCGCUAAUAUUAGCUCUGCCCCAUAAACGGGCCUUUCCAGUCGUCUCGUCUUUUUCCUCAGUGGAAAAAUCCCCCUGGCCUGGAUCUGGCUUUGUUCACGCAGAGAUCGGGUUUAGCUGGUUGGGUUGUGAUGGUGGUGUUCUCAUGGAAUUCAGUUACCUCCCCCCCUCUCCCGCAAAGGUUACCUGAUUACCUGUGCUCGUCCCCUGUCUGUGUUUACGGUUUUUUAUUUUAUUUGUCAGAGUUGGAGGAAAACAGUUCCUACCUGGCUCACGUCAUUGCCACCCUGCUGCCCGGACCAAUUUGAGACGCUGCAUGUUCAUGAUGGCUGAAAUGUGCUACGAGGAGGAAUAACAAGUAUCGGAUAACACAGAGCGGCUUCUGUGUUUGUCCAACGACAGCACGAUGGCUUUGUUUAUGCACCAGAGGUAUUACUGUAUAUACCUCUCAGACAUAUCAAUACCCAGCAUACAUUGUAUACAAUCGGAUGCUGAGACAAUUCAUUGAUUUGAUGUUUUUAAUUCCACAUGAAAUAAAUUCUAUGAGGUUUGAAUUGCGGUAGCUUAAAAAAACAACAACAAUAUUAUCAAUGACAAAAUAGCAAUAGAUAGAAAAGAAUAAUUUAUUCCAAGUAGAGAGGACCCUUUGUCAAAACAUGCCUCCUGCUGCAUCAGCGACAGCGAACGGGCAGCAAUACGAGGCCAAAGCUUUUGGGCAGCACCCAUUACGUGUGUAGUUUUCUCUGAAAUGCUGCCAGAGCUGGAUAUUAUGCGCUGCGCUUCCAUGGCCAGCGUCAUCUAUCUGUAGCCAGCAUUUUCAGCACAGCUCUACGGGUGCAUGUCCUUGCACAUAUAAUCCCUUAUUACCUCAGUUUUUACCUUUUGACCGUGAGGAGCUGGGUGUGAGUGUGCAGUUGGCUAAUGCUAGCAGGGUUAGCUUGCCUUAGAUGGACUUUCCCCUAAAGGUAAUCCUGGUGCAGGUAAACCCAGGUGAGGCCUUCACUAUUCGACGAGAGGAUGGUCAAUUUCAGUGUAUCACAGGUCCUGCUCAGGUUCCCAUGAUGUCUCCAAAUGGUUCAGUGCCUCCAAUCUAUGUGCCUCCUGGAUACGUUUCACAGAUCAUAGAAGAGAACGGAGUGCGGCGGGUUCUGGUUUUACCUCAACAACCAGAGUUCCACCCAGGGGGCCACUCCCCUCUCCACCACCCUCCUCCUCCGCCCCAUGCCCACCUGCCUGCCUUCAUCCCACACCCUGCCAUGAUGCCCCCACCACCCCACCUGUACACGGGCAUGGCGGGCGGCGUGGGCGACAUGAGCUCCCAGUACAUCUCCCAGUACCAUCCAGCCCACAUCUACUCAGAGCAGGUCUCUACAGAUUCUCACUCCCAACACGGACGCCCGCCGUUUGUUCACAGAGACGACAGAACUAGCAAAACGUACGAGCGUCUGCAGAAGAAACUGAAGGACCGUCAGGGUGGUGGUGGUGGUGGAGGAGGAGGGGGGGGGCAGGUGAAGGACAGCCCUCCCCCUUCGCCACAGAAGACCUGCAGCAGCCCCCCGACAGUGGACAUUCACAACGGCGUCGGAGGGAAGGGGCUGGAGGCGGAGCCGGGGCAGCUCAGCCACGCCGUCGCCGGCCCCGACAAGCAGACGGGCAGGGGCAAAAAUGGAGAGCCAGGAGAGCUGGAUGAGGAAGCUCUGGCCCUGCAAGCAUUAUUGAGCACCAUCAGUACCCCAGUGGUAUCAGACAUCCAGGCCAGAGGAGCAGUAGCGAGCUGCGUCGUGCCCACCAGGCCAGAGAGUGAGAACGGAAGUGUGGAGGACGACCGGAGCCCCCCGGAGCCCCUCAGCUACGAAGUCUCCGUCUCAUUCAGCGGCAAAGAUGGGAAGUACAACAGCAUCUACUGCGGGGAAGAACUAAGUGCUACUUUAGAAGACCUUCGACCAGCAACAGAGUAUCAUGUCAGGGUCCAGGCUAUGUGUAACUGUUUACAGGGAAGCCCGUCGGAGGCUGUGAGCUUCACCACUUCAAGCUGUGAGCCGGAUCCGCCCAACGCUCCCAGGAAGGCCAGUGGGACCAAGAACACACUGGUACUCCAGUGGAAGGCUCCAUGCGACAACGGCUCCAAAAUCCAAAACUACAUUCUUGAAUGGGAUGAGGGUAAGGGCACUGGGAUGUAUGAGCAGUGCUACUACGGCCCUCAGAAGCAGUACAGAGUGACCAAGCUUUCGCCAGCUUCAAGAUACUCCUUCCGCCUUGCAGCUAAAAAUGACAUGGGAGUAAGCGAGUUCAGUGAAGUGGUGGACCUGUUCACCUCAUGCAGUGUGCCAUUGCCACCCUUCCCUCCAGAGCUGGAGAUGGCGGGGGUGACCUGGCUGUGUAUGAAGUGGCAGAGGCCCACUAGCUCUCCCAAGGAGGAUGACAUCUACUAUAUUUUGGAGAUGGAGGAGGAAGGCUCGGGAUAUGGCUUCCAGCCAAGCUACGAUGGCGACGAGCUCUCCUGCACCGUGAGGAAUCUCCACAGGAGUACCAAGUACAAGUUCAGGGUGGCAGCAUACAACUCUGAGGGGAAGAGUAACCCCAGCCAGGUGGUCGAGUUCAUCACCAACCCCGACAGACCCAGCAGUCCCUGCAGGCCCGUCAUCAGAGGAAAAGUCCUGCCCAACAGCUUCAAGAUGGCCUGGGAGCCCCCGAAAGAUAACGGUGGAGCAGAAGUCACAAAGUAUGUUGUGGAGCUGUCUGAGGGCUUAAGCGGCUUGUCAUGGGAGCUGGUGUACUCAGGGCCAGCCGUGGAGCACGUGUGUGAAGGCUUGAAGCCCGGCUGCUCUUACCAGACGCGAGUUUACUGCAUGAGCGAGGGGGGGCAGAGCCCGCUGUCGGAGACCCUGCAGGUCCAGACUCCUGCGGUGCCCCCAGGGCCCUGCCAGCCCCCUCGGCUGGUGGGCAAGCCCAAAGCCAGGGAGGUGCAACUGCGCUGGGGUCCGCCUCAUGUAGACGGAGGCAGCCCGGUGUCCUGCUACAGUGUAGAAGUGAGUGGGCCGCAGUCUGAGGAGAGCAGGGAGGUUCACCAGGGUCCAGAGCUGGACUGCUCUGUGGGAGGCUUAAUGCCCGGCAAAACCUACAGCUUCCGGCUCAAGGCAGCGAACAAGGCCGGGUUUGGACCUCGGUCGGAGCGCUGUGAGGUUACAACCGGCCCCGGGGCCCCUGAGCAGUGCAAGGCUCCUUCCACCACAUGCAAAUCCCCCAGCUGUGUUGUUGUGAGCUGGGAGGCCCCGCCUUGCAACGGAGCUCCGGUGACCGAGUUUCGUCUGGAGUGGGGAGCUGCUGAGGGCAGCAUGCAGGUGUGCUACAGUGGACCAGGGCUCAGCCACGAAAUGAAGGGGCUGCUGCCUGCAACCAACUACUUCUGCAGGAUACAGGCUGUGAAUGUGGCCGGCGUGGGGUCCUUCAGCGAGGCGGUGUUGUGCCAGACGCCCUGCUCCGUGCCCGCAGGUGUCAGCAACAUCUACGCGCUGAAGGAGUCCGCGCUGCGAAGCUACGAGACCCCGGCAGACGACGCAGAUGAAGACGAGGAAGAUGAGGACGCCGGUUCCCGGCUGCCGCCGCCGCCUCUCUACUCCCCGUCCACCUGCCUGGGAGUUAGCUGGGACCCGCCGUGCAACCACGGCUCCGAGAUCACUUCCUACCUGAUCGACCUCGGCGAGCGCCAGCCCGUUGUUGUCGGUCCUGUCACCAAACACGUCAUCCAGCAUCUGCAGCCCGACACCAGCUACAGGAUCCGAAUCCAAGCCCUGAACAGCCUGGGAGCCGGCACCUUUAGUCACACCUUCAAGCUGAAGACGAAGCCCCUGCCCCCACAGCCACCCCGCCUGGAGUGCACCGCCUUCAGCCACCAGACCCUCAGGCUCAAGUGGGGCGACGGCCCAGCCAAAGCCGCCACCUCAGACGCCCUCCAGUAUCAGCUGCAGAUGGGGGACAAGAGCGGCAGAUUUCUAUCCUUGUAUAAAGGACCAUGCCACACACACAAAGUCCAGAGGCUUAAUGAGUCUACCUCUUACACGUUCCGCAUCCAGGCCUUUAAUGAGGCGGGCGAAGGGCCCUUCUCCAAUGUUUACACAUUCACCACCCCACGCUCUCCUCCGGCCCCUGUGAAAGUCCCUAAAGUGGAGCGUCUGGACGACAACUCCUGCGAAGUCGCAUGGGAGGCCCUGCCGCCCAUGAAGGGGGACCCGAUCAUUUACACCCUGCAGUGCAUGAUGGGAAACUCUGAGUUUAAACAGGCCUACAAAGGCUCUGCCACAUCUUUCCACGUCCACAACCUGCAGCCCAGCAGCGACUACCGUUUCAGGGUGUGCGCCAUCAGGCAGUGCCAGGACGCCCCUGAGCUGAGCGGGCCCUACAGCCCCACGGUGACCCUCUCUCCCCAGCGGAACGACGUGGCGGUGGGCGGCGGCGCGGCCGCCUCGGGCUCCAGGGCCGGCACGGAGUCCAACCGGGCCAGGCGGAGCUUGACGGACGAGCAGUGCGCGUUCCUCCUCCUCAUGGUUUUCGCCGUCAUCGCCAUCCUCAUCGCUUUUGUCAUCCAGUACUUUGUCAUUAAAUAAGCAGUUUGCACCACCCAGCUGCAGGGUUAUAGCUUUAUUCUUUCCCUCUCUUUAUGUUGUUUUGUAUUCUCCGUUUUGUACUUUUUCUCUUUUUUUUUUCUUUUUUUUUU